ACUCACUAUGUUUCAAGGAUGUGGUGCAACACUUAAUUUGCGAUAAGGUAUAUAACAAGAUUGAGUGCUACGCAGAUGCUAGGUUAUUUCGAUUAUUUUAUGUGUAACCGUACAACUUCACCAUGAAAAACCUUUUUGGGAAACACGUUGCAAUACAGGAAGCUGGAGUGCCUUGUGGUGUAAACCUGUGGGACCAGACCAAGAUUGAAGUCCUGCUGGAAGGACUUAAAUUGGCUGGAACACAGGGCGAAUUCAACUUAGAAGAACAGGGGGAAAAUACACGAGAUGAUGCAGACAUUAAUGCUGACAAUGUUUUCACAGUCUCUGAGAAAAUGCAGUGUUCCAUGUGCUCGGUCACAUUUGCAGGGAGAUCUGAACAGAAAGAACACUACAAAAGUGACUGGCACAGGUUUAACUUAAAACAGAGACUGAAAGACUUGCCUGCUAUUACAGAGGACACCUUUGAGGAAAUAACUGGAGACAUUUCCAGCUUAUCUGCUUCAAGUGGCGACUCCUCAGAUGAGGAUAUCUCCAUAUCUCUGCCUCCAAAAUCUGAAGAGUCCAUAGCUGAAACAGAGGAUGAUAUUCAAGACAGGAGACAUCCAAAGGUUUUCUUCCAGAAUGCCAAUCAGGAGCUGCUGUCUUUGUACAGAUGUGUGCUUCAUGGAAAGCAGGCUCCAGUGGCCAGCAGCUCAGAGUACGUUCCUGCUGCACUAAAACUGAGAGAUCAGAAGAUGUGGGCAAUGUUUAUGACAGGGGGCGGCCACUUUGCUGGGGCCAUUUUCAACGAAGGCAAAGUGGUAGCUCACAAAACCUUCCAUCGCUACACUGUCCGCGCCAAACGUGGCACAGCCCAGGAUGCGCGAGACGCACAAGGUAAUGCACCAAAGUCAGCUGGGGCCACGCUCAGGCGUUACAACAUAGCUGCCCUCACGCAGGACAUCCAGUCACUGAUUGCAACAUGGGAUGACCAGUUGAAAGAGUGCAGCAAGAUAUUUUUACGUGCCCCUGGUAAUAAUAGAAUGAUUUUCUUUGGAGGAAAGUCUGCUCCAUUUAGGAGAAAUGAUCCCAGGAUCAGCUUUAUUCCCUUUGCGACGAGAAGGCCAACAUUUAAAGAACUUCAGCGGGUAUAUCACCUGCUGGCUUGUAUUACUUCUUAUGGACAAGUAGAAGACAUACUCCAAUAUGUUCCCCAGAAGCCACAGGCUAAAUCAAAUGAAAGCAAAGAGGAGACCACACCUGAUGCUGCCAGCACAGAGUUGCCAAGGUCAGCAGGAAGCUCACCAUUGAAGAAGAACAGAGAAGGGAAGCAGAGGAAGCAAAAACAGAGGCAGAGAGACCCUGAUGAAGAUCUGUUGUCGUCGUCUUCUGAGGAUGAAGGCCCUAUGAGUCUAGUAGAAGAGACACUCACCACUGGAGAUCUGAAGGAGUUUCAAGCAACUAGAAAACCUAGGAGAGCAAAGAAGAAGAAAGAGAAAAAUGAAGAGGCAGUGAAAUCUUCCCCACAUGCACAAGUUGAUCCAUUCUCCGAGAUAAAGGACACCCUGUACACGGCAUGCAAGAUGGGGGACAGUGAAAAGCUGCCUGGCAUUUUUUCAAAAUUAGAAGCAGGGCAGCCAUUUUUAACCCAGGAGAAUUCUGGGAAGACUGUCACCAUGGAAACUCCCUCAAAAGAUUGUUCCGUUGAGGGGGAAGCAGAGGACAAAGCACAGGAAUCACAGCCUUCUUUAAUGAAGGAAGAUCUUAACAACAGUGCUGAGAAGAAAACGCAUUUGCAGGAUUGUAUUGUGGGAGAAGAAAUCAAAACCACUGAUGAGCCACUUGCGUCAGUACUGAACACAUUAGUGGGUGCUCAGCAGGAGACGUUCCUUCAUGUAGCAGCCAGGAGUGGUCAUUGCGGUGUGAUAUCUCUACUGCUGGAGGCUGGGGCUGACCCCUCUGUAAAAAAUAGCAAGGGGCAACUGCCAUACAAUGUGUCCUCACAAAAAGAAGUAAGAAAUGAGUUCAGAAGAUUUUUGGCCAGAUUUCCUGAAAAAUAUGACUAUGCAUCAGCACAGAUCCCAGGACCCCUUACUAGUGAGAUGGAGGCAGAGAAGAAAACAAGAGAAGCAGAGAGAAGGAAAGCACAGAAGAAAGCAAAGAGGGAAAGAUUAAAGGAUGUGAAAGCAGCACAGGCACAGCAACAGGCUGAAGAAGCAGAGAAGAAGAGAUUUCUACAGCUUAGUGACAGAGAAAAGAGAGCUCUGGCUGCAGAGAGAAGAUUUGUACAGCAGGUGCAGGACACCAGUGGUGAAAGACCAGUGCUAAGUCGGUGCUGGCAGUGUGGAGGAGAUCUGACAGGAAAGGUGCCCUUUGAAUACUCUGACUACAAGUUUUGUACCACCAAGUGUCUGCGACAACACAGGGAGACAACCACGCAAAAAUAAGACAUACAGCUAAAGAUAAUUUCUCUUCACACUUGAAAUCAGUCCUUAUCAUUCAUUUAUUUAUUAAUUAACUCUCAAUUUAUUUAUUAAUUCUUAGUGUAUUACCCAGAAGAGAGGAAUAUUUAAUUAAUUUUGGUUGUUUCAUCACAUAAACAAAAUUGGUGCUGAAAAAUUUGAAAAUUACAACACGAUAUCAAUUUGACAGGGUUAACCAAGGCAGGUUAUUAGAGGGGAAAUUGAUUCAUCUGUAAAUCAUAUACCAUUAAUGUUAUAUCAACUAUUCACAUAUUCAAAAUAUCAGUGAGAAUCUUACUUGCAUAAUCCUUCAUAUCAUUUGUAUAUUAAGAUAGGAAUUGGAUACCAAAUUGAAAUUCAUGAAAAACUUUCAGGUCAAUUACAGUGCAUGUGCAAUAUUUUCCCCACCAGUGAUUUAGAUGGAACACUAAUCUCAAUUUGAAAAGUGCAAUGGCAAAUAUUUGAACCACCAGCUGUGUUAAUCCCAGGGUUCUUAUUUAAGUCUAGGUAUAUUAGCGGCUUGGUGUGAUUGGAUACACUUUUGUUGUGCCUGCAGCUAUGGAUAUUAAAACUUAUGGAAAUGUGAAAAGACUUGUACAACUGAAUUAUUGUAGUAUGUCAUCAUGUGAACACAUUCAAGAUGUAUUUUUUUUUUAAUUUCAGACAAGUUUUUUUUUGUUUAUUAGUAUUUAUUUAUUUAAAAAAGCCAGUAUUGUGCAUUACAGUGAGGGAUAUUUUAAAGCAACAAAUAGUUUCUACCAUGGUAUGUUUUAUCAGUUGUUUUUACGAGAUGGACUUAGGGGAGGAGAAAUAAAAGUUGAAAUUAAAAGUGCCUGAAAGAGACUGUUUUCUUUUCAUCAAAGGUAAGAAAAAUUGAUAAGUAGAUUAUAAGUGGCAGCU